AUGUUCUUCCUUCUUUUCCUCCUCCUGCUCCCUUUUCUCCACCUGCCACUUCUCCUAACGCUCAUAGUCCUCAUACUACUACUAAUUUUACUACUACCUCUAUUCAUCCUACUCCUUCUGAUACCCUUACUCCUCCUGUUUCUCCCCCUACUAUUCUUACUCUUACUAUUCUUGCUACUCUUUCUACUACUACGACUCAUGCUACUGCUCCAGCCCCUUUUCCUCCUGCUCCUACUACUCCUACUAACCCUAAUCAUCCUACUACUCCUACUCAUUUUAUCAAUCCUACUCCUCCUACUACUCUUAUUCUUCCUGCUACUCUUAUUCCUCCCGUUAACCCUUACUACUAUUCUUUCUCCUACUAUUCUUACUACUCCUUCUACUCCCACUGAUACUUGUCAUUCAUUCUAUAGCACGCUUCCUCACAUUUCCUCAUUAAUCUCUCUCUCUCUCUCUCUCUCUCUCUCUCUCUCUCUCAGAGUCCUUCACCAGAUAUUUGUAAGAGGGAUAGAGAGAGAUACAAUCUGUGUUUCUCCCUCUUCCACUUUCGUUUUACUUUUUCUCGACCUCCUUUUCUUCCCCACCUCUUUCUUUACUUCUCUCCGUCUUUCCCUGUCGUUUUUCUUUCUUUCCUUCUAA